CUCCACGCGGCGGCGUACGGCGACGUCGACGUGAUGCGGCUGUUGCUGGACGAGGGCGCGGACGUGAAUGCUGUGGACGCCCAGCGGGAAACCGCCCUUCACCUAGCCUGUGUGGGGAGGCAUGUGGAGGCGGCGCGACUGCUAACCAAGUACGGGGCGCUCUGGAGCGCCGUUAAUGACGAUAACCAGACUCCCGUACAGCUAGCACCGCCGGAGUUUAUGAGGUUG